AUUAUGUGGAUUAAUAAUUGAAAAAAUUAAAAAAAGUUGGUUUUAUUUUAUGUACACAAAACGACAUGUAGUUUUGAGAAACAUAAAAUCAGAAUGUGAGGAGCUCAAUCAAUCAACUGGCCACCAAUGGCUUCUCCUGUUGGCUCUUUCUUCAGAUGCCAUUUCUCAACUGUUGAACCCUCCAAUACCAAUACCAAUACCAAUACCAAUACCAAUACUAGUACUACUCCACCCCUUUUGCCUUUGAGAUUACGCUUUCAUAACCCAAAUAAAGAUAAAGAUUCUUCCUUUAUACUUUCUUCUUCUUCUUCUUAUGGCUAUGGUGAUGUUGGUGGUGGUGUUUCCAUUCAAAUGGCCAAAAGAUUAAAGCUUCAACCCAAACCUGAGUUGGGUCUUCUCUCUCUUCUCUUUGUACUAUCAAUGGCUUUUGGGGCAAUUAUAUCACUUGUUGUAGUUUCAAUUCCUACCUUGAAUGCAUUUAGAAGAUUGGCAACUUCAAUUUACCAACUUUCUAAUGUAGUCUCUGAGGAGGUACCAGGAACCUUGAUUUCUCUCAAACUUUCUGGUUUACAAAUCCAUCAAUUGACCCAACAGCUUAGAAAUCUCAGGCAAAAGAUUUCUCCCUCUGAGAAAAAAACCAGCAAGAGCAGCAAGAGUAGAGCCACUUCUUUUGGAAAGAAACAGUAAAAAGCAUCAAAAAAAUAAUCAUCAGAGUUUUAUUACUCACUCAAUUAGUAUAGGAUUGAGUGUAUCUCAGUAUGUACUUACAGAAAUACGAUCUUAUAUGUCUUAAGAAUGAAAUGUGCUCCUUCAUUUAUUUGAAUUAGAAGCAUAUAAAUUAAAAAUUACACAUAUCAGAUUUCUGACUAAAUGUAUAGAAGAAAAUUAGCACAAAAAAUGUCUGAUGCUAAGCCUGAUUCACAGCUUUGAAAUUUUGUUUGUUUGUAUCAGUAUAUAAUUAUUUUGACUGUUGUACUAUUAUUCAUAACUUUGCAUACUUCAUGAGAGCAUCUCCUGCUUCUUUAGCAUUCUCUGGUACUGGCAGGUUAGAUAAAAGGGUUACCCUAGAUGAUGCUACCAAAGAUUUCUUCUCCUUUGUGUUUGAAGGAUCAGUUUUCCAUAGUUUCACUUCCCACACCUGCUCAAAACCCCAAAUUAAAGGUAAUUAUGAUAUGAAUGGUGCUUUUGACCAAUUGGGGGUUGGGGUCACACAACAGAUAGAAAAGGGAUAAGAACAAACCUGAACUGUUUUACCAACAGAGAUGGGAGUGGCUUCAGCCAGAACAAGUUCUCCCAAGUGAGCACUCUUCAAGUGGUUGAUACUGAGUUGAAUUCCAGCUACCCUUUUGUAACCAGAAGCCAUGUGAGCUCCCAUGCUAGCCAGUGAUUCAGCUAUCAAAGCUGACACCCCUCCAUGUAACACCUUGAAUGGCUGCUUUGAAACAUAUGUUAACAAUUAUAUGUAAGAAACUCAAGAAUCCAUACAAAGAAAGAGGAAGACCUGGCAACACUUGAGGGUGAUAGGAAGGAAACCAGAGACUUUAGUUGAAGAGACUUGUUGGAACUCAAAACCAAUGGCCUGAAGAGGAACAUCCAAAUCCUCUGUCUUUAUCUUUGAUGAAGAAGAUCCACUUCCAUCUGGUGGGGGUGGCUGCUGCUCAUCCAUAUGAUUGGAAUUUUGUAGAUAAGGUUAUCCCUUUGUUAUGAUCUUUUAUGGUAUUGGUAGCUAUAGCCUUACCUUAUCAUGGAAAUACAGAACAAAGAAACCUUAUUUUCUUAUUUUAUAUUUUCAAUGAGAAGGGUUGGAAUGGAAGAAGUAGGUUGUGGUAGGUGAGAGAGGAAGGAAGUGAAGAUGAAAGUCUCAUCAUCUAAGUGGCACUGUGUCAACCUCACCAGUCAACUCUCAUUGGCCUCUUUUUUGUUUUUGUUUUGGUGUUUUUCAAUCUCUACACUUUUUGGUAAUUUAAUUUUAUCUCACCUCAUAUAAUUUUGGGUUAAGAAGGUAGGAAGUAUCCACCACAAUUCAUAUCACAUUAAAUUAAAGCAUGUUGCAUUACUCCUUUAUUU